AUGGUGAAGCCUGCAAAGGGAGGAACAACCACAAUGGUCGCUGCUGAUUCUCGUGCUACGAGAGAAGACGAAUCAAUCGAGAGAUGGAUAAGAUCGAUGAUACCAAGAAAGCCAGCGACUGGUGUGAACCUGCAUGUUUUAGGUCAAAGAUUUCUUCUGAAUGGGUACAUAGUGGGUUUUGAAUCAACGAACACAUCACCUUCUGGGAAGUUCUCACCACCAUCCAAUGAUGAUAAACUAUGGAGACCAAACAGUUCACAUUACCUACAUAUGAGCCUCAGAAGAUGGACUUCAAUCAUCAUCAUCAUCAUCAGGGAAAGAAGCACACAAAGGAAGAAGGGAGUAAAAUGUACUUUUGGGCCACAAGUAAACAAAAGCGGGACGUUACGACGUGUUAAAGCUUUUCAGAAAAUCUCUAACAGCGCGAUCCUUUCUUCUCCUCAAGAAGAAGAAGAAGCGAUUCAAAUGGAGAGCAACAACGGGUCUCAAGAGAUGACUGUGCCUGUAGAAGGAGUUGCUGGUGGAGGCACAGCUUACGGGUUUAACGACGGUGGUCUUAGUUCAGAACCUCUUCAACAAUCUACGGAUCCAACAGAGGUUCCUACUUCUGAUUUGGUUCACGUCUGGUGUAUGCCCAAUACUGUUAACGUCGGUUCUCAAGAAACACCUCGACCUCUAGAGACUAUAAACCUUUUGGCAGCUAGAAACGAGAGAGAAAGUUUUCAGAUUGCCAUGCGUCCCAAAGUUUCUUGGGCUGGUUCCAGCCCUUCGGGGAGUGUUCAGGUUCAGUGCAGUGACUUAUGCUCUUCAGCUGGAGAUAGAUUGGUUGUUGGCCAGUCUCUAAAGUUGCGGCGAGUGGUGCCUGUCCUAGGCGUUCCUGACGCUCUGGUGCCUCUUGAUUUACCUGUUACUCAACUUAACUUACUUCCGGGAGAAACAAGUGUGAUUUGGGUCUCAAUAGACGUUCCUAAUGGGCAGCCUCCUGGUCAAUAUGAUGGAGAUAUAAUUGUUUCUGCAAUGAAAACGGAUGGAGGCUCUUCUGAUAACUUGGGAAAGCAUGAGAAGGAUCAGCUAUGUAUGGAACUUAAGAACUGUCUCGAUAUUAUGGAACCAAUAGAAGGAAAACCCAUGGACGAAGUGGUAGAAAGAAUAAAAUGUGCAAGUUCAUCAUUAAGAAGAAUUCUCUUCUCUCCAUCAUUUGCGGAGUUCAUUUCUACAAAUGGAUCCUCUGAUAUGAUGGAAGAAGAUGUUGUGUCAAACCUUGCAGUGCGUAUAAAGCUAAGAUUGACAGUUUGGGAAUUUAUUAUUCCAGUGACUCCAUCACUCCCUGCGGUCAUUGGCGUCUCUGAUACUGUAAUUGAGGAUCGUUUUGGUGUUGAACAUGGAAGUGAAAAGUGGUACGAGAAACUGGAUCUUCAUUUCAAGUGGCUUCUUCAGUAUCGGAUCAGUCCAUACUUCUGCAAAUGGGGUGAAAAUAUGCGUGUCUUGACAUACACCUCACCAUGGCCUGCCGAUCAUCCGAAGUCUGAUGAAUAUUUUUCUGAUCCAAGGCUUGCGGCUUAUGCAGUACCAUAUAGACAAGUUAUAGCAGGGGAUGAUUCUAGGGAAUGUUACCUGCGGAAAGAAGUUGAGAUAUUGAGGAGUAAACCCCACUGGAAUAAAGCCUACUUUUACUUGUGGGAUGAGCCAUUGAAUAUGGACCACUUUCAUAAUGUUCGCAAGAUGGCUAGUGAAAUUUACGCCUAUGCCCCAGAUGCUCGUGUUUUGACUACUUACUACUGUGGUCCGGGUGAUGCGCCUCUUGCACCAACGCCCUUUGAAUCUUUUGUCAAAGUUCCAAAUCUACUUCGACCCCAUACUCAGAUAUACUGCACAAGUGAGUGGGUGCUUGGUAACCGGGAAGAUUUGGUGAAGGAUAUUGUUGGGGGAUUGCAGUUAGAGAAUCGUGAGGAAUGGUGGACAUACAUAUGCCUUGGACCUACAGAUCCACACCCAAAUUGGCACUUAGGGAUGCGUGGGACACAGCACCGUGCAGUGAUGUGGCGUGUGUGGAAAGAAGGUGGAACCGGGUUCUUAUACUGGGGUGCAAACUGCUAUGAGAAGGCAACCGUUCCAAGCGCCGAGGUAAGGUUUAGGCGCGGUCUUCCUCCUGGUGAUGGUGUUCUUUACUACCCUGGUGAAGUUUUCUCAUCAUCCUCAGAGCCGGUUGCUUCGCUUAGGCUAGAGCGUCUUCUUAGUGGCUUACAGGAUUACGAGUACUUGAAGCUGUACGAGUCAAAGUACGGAAGAGAGGAAGCAAUGAGGCUACUGGAGAAGACAGGGGUGUACAUGGGGCCUGAGCGAUACACUUUGGAACAUAGACCAAUCGAUGUACUACGGGGAGAAGUGUACAACGCAUGUAGACCUUCUUAGAGUAAUGUUAUGAGAACGUUUCUGUAUCUACUACCUAUACACACAUACUCCCUCGAUUACGCCUACUAUAUAAUAUAGAACAUAAGAAUAAGUGCGAUUCUCCCCUUACACAAAAAUAGGUUUUUCCACCAAAAAUAGUCCAUAAAGAAGAAAAUACCAAAAAAUGUUUCACUAAAGAAGUAAAAGAUUAAUUUAUAUGUACUUUAUAGAUAUUUCAAUAUAUACUUAUUUUAGUGAAAUAAUAAAAAAUAAACUACAAAGUGAACAAUAUGUUUUUUAAAUUCAAACUUUUUAUAUUAU